GUUGGUGAAAGAAAAAGUUAUGUAUGAAAAAGAAGCCAAACAGCAAGAAGAAAAAGUUGCAAAACUAAAAGCUGACGAGGGUGAUGAAUAUAUGAUCAAAAAACAGGUGGAGGUUCUGCAAGAAUCGUGGAUGAUGAUCCCAGAUUGUCAGCGUAGGUUGGCAGCUGCCCAUUCUGACCUCUCACAAAUAUUGGAGAGUGAGAAAGACUUGCAAGAAACUGAGGAAUACAAGGAUGCCCAGGCCACACUAGAAUCAAUCAAAUUAGAAGCAUAGAAAUCCAUUUCCUGAAUGGUGAUCUUUUGUUGCAAGCAUUUGCACUGCCCAUUCCAUUCCUACCGAACCCUGCUUUUUUGCUUGGACUGUGUGUCUGAUUCCUGUGUAACUCUGAGCCCUACUACACUGGGCGGCAGACUGUGACCCCAAACUAAUAUUGUGCCACAUCAUGAUGAAAUAAUUAAGCAUUCAAUAAAUGUGUGUGCUG